GCCUUCCCCUCCGCAGAGGAUCAAAAUUGUGAUGGCAUGUCUUCGGAUCAUCCUCUGAGAUGUUUCCCAGACCGUCGCCAAUAGCCCAUUGUGCAGCUCUAGUGCGAUGUAAAUUAACAACAACCUCGACGAAUUUCAAGAUUACCGCCCAAAUUAGCCAAGAUUACCGCGAUUUAUCAAAAUGCUCGUAAAGACCUCCCUCAAACCUUAUCCCUGCAGUACCCAGCUUUCACUGAUAUUGUUACCCCCGGGCCAAAAUCCAAUCUCUCGUUAAGUUCUUUCUAGCUUCGCUUCAACAUUGUGCUAUCUACUCAGCCCCAAUCUUAAGCCUUACCUAUUGAAAUACAAAGCUAUAAGCAAAAGCAGAGAACUCGUAGCACUUUACAAUACUCACAAUCAAUGAAUCAAUAUGCUUUUGUUUUUGUUUCCUUUAAAUGAAAAUAUGUCUCUGAUGAAAAUCUUACUACGUAUAGCAUAAAAUAUUCGUUAUGGAGAGCAAUUUGCUUUCUAGUGUUCAUUUUAAGAAGAAAUCUUACACCUGUAUUGGAUGCAGUAAAACGUUUGUAUCUAAAAGUAAAUUAAACCGACAUUCUCAUACUCAUACGGGAAACAAACCUCAUUCUUGUAAUGUAUGCAAUAAAUCUUUCUCACAAAAGGCCCAUUUAAAUCGACACCUUCGCAUUCAUUCUAAAAUAAAACCAUCUUCAUACGAUAAAAUAGCUGAUAUCAAUUUUGGUGAUUCUGCGAUGAAAGAUUAUUCAUGUAGUGUGUGUAAUAAAACAUUUUCAUCUAAUUUACAACUUUCCAUGGAUUCUAAUGAUGAAUCUAAUUUAUGCAGUGAGUGUGAUAAGAGGAACUUAAAUAAAGCAUCUAAUGUUGGUAAUGAAAAGUCUUAUUCUUGCAGCGUUUGUGACAAAAUAUUUUCAGAUAACUUCAAAUUAAUUGAACAUUCUCGUAUUCAUUCAGGAGAAAAACCUUAUCUUUGCAGUAUGUGUGAUAAGGCUUUUACUCAAAAGGCCCAAUUAAAACAACACUAUCUCACUCACACGAACGAGAAACCCCAUUCGUGCACCACGUGUGGCAAAUGCUUCAAGCAAAGAGUUCAUUUAAAGAGGCACGCUAAAGUUCAUGUCGGAGAAACAUCUUGUUCGUGUGAUGUGUGCGGCAAAACGUUUGCAUUUGAGAGCAAUUUACUUAAACAUUCUCGCGUUCAUACCGAAGAAAAACCUUAUUCGUGCAGCGUGUGUGAAAAAACAUUUCCGUUUAUGAGUAAUUUAACGGAGCAUUCGCGCCUGCACGUAAAAGAGAAAUUACAUGCGUGUAACGUGUGCAGUAAAACAUUCUUAUUGAAAAGUAGUUUAUCCAGACAUUUGGCUCUUCAUACUAAGGAAUUACCCAUGUGCAGCGUGUGUGAUAAAACAUUUUCAGACCAAAAUAGGUUGAAACGUCACUUUCGCGUUCAUACUGGAGAGAAACCUUUUUCGUGUAGUUUGUGUAGUCAAACGUUUACAUUUAAGAGUAAUUUAAACAGACAUUCACGUGUCCAUAGUGGAGAGAGACCUUAUCCUUGCACUGUUUGCGACAAAGCGUUUGCAGAUAAAAGUAGCUUACGUAAACAUUUUCGUAUUCACACAGGGGAGAGGCCCUACUCUUGCAGUCUGUGUGAAAAAACGUUUAGAGAAAGUAAUAAAUUGAUCAGACAUUCUCUAACUCAUGUGAAAAAAAGUCUCAAAAAUGAAGGAAUCACAACAGAAAAGAAAUUGAAGUUAAAUUGCAGAGGAUUACCUAUAUUCAUGAAAUUUGUAAAACCAAGUUUUUUCCCUCAACAUUAUUUUACGAAGCACAAUCUUUUUGCACAGAAGGUGAACCUUUUUUGCGGUAUGUGUGAAAGAACUAUUGUACCAAAAUGUCAUUUAAAAACAACUAGUCUUAUCCACACUGAGAAAAGUCCUUAUUCUUGUAGUAUCUGUAAAAAAACUUUUUCAUUCAAGAGUCAUUUAAAUAGACAUAGUCUUAUUCACACUGAAGAAAAACCUUAUUCAUGUAGUCUUUGUAAAAAAUGUUUCACGCAAAGGAAUGAUUUAAUUAGACACAGUACUGUUCAUACCAGAAGCAAGUCUUAUACGUGCAGUGUGUGUGAUAAAUCAUUUUCACAGAAAAGUCAUUUAACUGAGCACACUCUUAUUCAUACUGGACUUAAACCUUUCUCAUGCAAUACGUGUGGUAAAAUGUUUGCAACUAAAGGUAAUUUAAAAAUACAUUGUAUGAUUCAUACAGGAGAAAAGCCUUAUUCAUGUAGUGUCUGUGACAAAACUUUUACCAAAAAAGAUGAUUUGAAAAGGCACAGCUCAGUUCAUACUGGGGAAAAAUCUCAUUUGUGCAGUGUAUGUAAUAAAGCUUUUGCUGAUAGAAGUAAUUUACGUCGUCAUUAUUUUGUCCAUACUGAAGAUAAGCUUUUUCCAUGCGUUGUGUGUAAUAGAACUUUUACUAAUAAGAGAUGUUUAAAUAUGCACUAUCGUAUUCAUACAGGAGAAAAGCCAUAUUCAUGUGGUAUGUGCGAUAAAGCUUAUACUAAAAGAAUUGAUUUAACUAUACAUAAUCGUCUUCAUACUGGAGAGAAACCUUAUUCUUGCAUUGUGUGCAACAAAAAAUUUAGUUCAAAAGAAUUCUUAAAACGGCAUAAUCUAAUUCAUACAAGUGAAAAACCAUAUUCAUGUAGUCUGUGUGGUAAAACAUUUUUACAGAAAUAUUACUUAAAUAGACAUAGUCUUAUUCAUGGAAAAGAAAAGUUUUGAUACGCUCUUGACCAUUUCAAGUAGAACUGGUAUAGAAAGAGACAUAUUCAUACAUACAAAGCAGAGCCUUCAUCAUAAGUAUGAAACAAGGGUGCACUACCUGUGGAUCAAAAGUGGCUGUCAAACCCUUUUAGUUUGGUUCAAAUGUUUAAUACAGUACAGAACCCGUUAUCCGGAA